AAUCCGGUAUACAUCAAACUAUUAGUUAUAUCUACGAUAAUAUUUAUUUAAAGUGAAAUAUAAUUAAUCUGAGUUUGAAACAUGUUUGGGAACCGUUUUGUUCAAAAUGCUACACUCAAAAAACUGUUACCUAUUAUAAAGAGAUCCGUUGCUACUUCUAAAAAAAGUGGUGGUAACGUUACUGCUGAAGUUGAAGCAAGAGGAGCAAAAUCAAAAGAUAAAAAUUGGGUAAGCUAUGGCUACGAAUAUACUAGCAAAGAAGAUGACAGAAAUGCAAUGCAUUCUAUUAUGUUUGCUUCAGUUACCCUUUGCUUAACUGUAGGUGGGUUUUUCUUCGCCUACAUGCCAGAUUACUCUCUGCGAGAUUGGGCCCAAAGGGAAGCUUUCUUGGAACUCAAAAGAAGGGAAGCAAAAGGAUUGCCUUUAAUUGAUCCAAAUUUUAUAGAUCCCGCUAAAAUUAAGCUGCCAUCAGAUGAGGAGUUAGGAAAUAUUGAAAUUAUUGUUUAAACUGUAGUUUUAAAUAUUGUAAAUAGUUAAAAUAAAUUAUAAAUGAGUUUCUUGUCAA